AGCGAUGGCCUCGAUUUUUAUGCUUUUUAUUUUAUCUUUUCUUUUAUUUUCUUUCCAACUCUAUUGUAGUUGUUGUCUUAAAGUCCAAUUGUAAGAAUUUAUUUCCUUUUCAAACGAAGAUCUAAAAAGAAAAGCUGAGAAAGACUCAAAUAUAUAUUUAAUAGUAACGCCUGGUACCAGGCGCCUCCACUUGGAAUUUAAGAACUUAAGAGUGAAAACGAAAGUUUUCAGAAAUUUUACUUUGUGUUUAUUGCAAAAUUUUUCGGAUCACUUGGAAAAUGUCAAGAGGCUACGGUAACAAAAGCACUAGAAAAUGUGAAUAUCCCUGACUCUUUGGAGGUCUUGCGGUGUCGAGAGUGAAAAGCACCGCUAAGAGAAGUGCAAAGGAGCUUCGAUCGUAGGUAGAUUUAUAGUCAUUAGAAUUUUCAUUUCCUCAUUCCGUGUCAUGUUAACGGUUUCAGUGAAGUAAAUAUCGUGCAAUAGCUCUAACAUAAUGCUCUCCUAUAUAAAAAAUCACCUUCUCUCUUCCGUAUUGAGCUUCUCACUCUCUCAUGCUUGUUUUGCAAUGUGAAUAACUUGUGUAUAUGUUGUGCCCGUUGAGCUUAACUUCGUCUUCUCAGUUGCACUUUGUUAGGAGGGAGGCGCAGGCGAGGAGAGGUUAGGGGAUCUCUGUCUCACUGUGUUAGUUGUAUUAAUAGAAAAUUUUAAUGGCACGAUCACACUCCGAUCGUCAUCAUCAUGAAACGUGAUGGUGAUUACGAAAGCUCAAUUCGCAUUUCUUCAACUAUUUGAACUUUCGCUUUCAAAGUCUCGAUCGUUCGUUACGCUAUUGUUUUUUUUUUCUCUCUUAAUCUUCAACUUCUUGUUUCUCACACAAUUUAGUUAGCUCAAUUUUUCAGUAAAUCUACAAGUCUCUGAGAAAUAUAUUUGAUCUCAGAGAAUAAGAAGUAAGGUACCUCGUUAAUCAUAAAAUCGUAUGAUCGCAAGUACGAUCGCGAUCUUGUGCAAAAAUUUCUUUCAUGUCACUCUCGAUGACUUUGUUGGCUCUUUACGUAAUGUCUUGGACUCUUUCUUCCGCCUCUCUGAACUUUCUUUCUUCCAUCAUUUAUUACUUUAUUAUUCACAUCACACAGCAAAAGUAAAAAAAAGGCAGCCUCACAGACGUGAAACUUUUACUUUCAAUCUCAACGAUCUCGAUUUUAUUUUCAUGAUGCGGAAAAAGGCAACUCCGUGACAUUUUGAGAUGAUUCUCAACCAUUUAUAUACUGUUCCCAAAUUUAGCUUUCAGUUUUUCACCGAAAAAUUUCCACUAGAUUUUGAACUUCUUGGUCUUAAACUGUUCUCUGAUUGGACAUUUUUUUUUAAGGAACUUUUAUGUCAUGCAGGAGAUCAUCUUUUUUCUCAUCAUUCCAAAUAAACCCAUCUCAUUCUAUCACAAGUGCAAUUGAUGUGCACACAUGGUGGGUGAUGUGGGGAGUCAAGGGAGCACACUUUAGCAUUCAGUUUUGUGUGUAGAAAUCGUUUCUGGGUCAGUCGAGACGAACAGAAAACGACAGAGCCGAUGACUCGGAUUGAGCAGAAGGCAAGCGGAGAGUCCACAAGUGAAUUUUCUGACAUGAAAAAACGUUUGUUGCUCCCCAAUUGUGCAUUUAAAUGAAAAACCAUCCAGUUUUACUAACAUCAUCCCAAAAACACCCUCAAAAGUCAUUUUUGCAUUUGUCAAGUGAGACUUUGUGAUUUAACGAAAGAAACUCAACGAAAUAUCCUUUGAUCCAACGAUCUAACGAAAUACAAUAGCCGUUUUUUGGCCAAUCUUUUCAAGUAAAGCUUUUUUAAAUGAAUAAAUAGGUAAACUUAUUUAGUAAAUUUUUAGUCUUUCUGAAAUGCCCCCCUCCAUACACUUCCCUUUUCAUUCACUCUCGCUGAACGAGAUUGCAAAAUUGAACGACUAUUUCAUUUGCACUCACUAAAAUUCCUCCACAAUCGUCUCUCCCCCAUUUAAUUCACUUCACCUAAAGUGUGUGCAAGAGUGAGAGAGAAAGAGCUCCACAGUGUGCGCGCCAAACGCCGACUUUUCGUUUUCAUUCGGCCCUCCGGUUGGAAGACAUUCAGUCGGUAACCUACUUUGUUCCGAUUCGCACUUGUGUGUUAACGAAAAACCAUCUUAUUUUGCCUCCUCAAAAUUAAGUCGUUUAACCGACACAGUGAAAAUAAUCACAGGAGUGCAAAAAGACAUUUCCUACAGUGAUAGUUUAGAUAGGAGAUUCAUUGUAAUCUCACAUUAUUAUCCCAUCAAUGCAAUUUUAAACACCUGAAAAUGUGGAUUAAAUUUUAAAAGGAGUUUUAAAUGGAAAAAUUUUGCAGUGUUGUGUGAUUUGGGUGUUUUCUGUGCAUUCUUCAACGCACUUUAAGCAAUCAUCCCGUGCUUCAAGUUCUGCACGCAUCAUGAAAGAGGUCACAGAAUUAUUCACACGCCUCCACUCACGUCAUUCUUCAUCCCCAUAAGCUGAACAUACAUACAGGAUUUACCCAGUGAUCACGCUCUUCCAGGAAUAAAUCAGAAAAAUAAAUAUCCACAAUAUAAAUCACUGAUAGGAAUUAAGUAAAACAAAACAAAAAUUAAAGAAAAUAAAAACAAUUCAACGAAAAUAUGAUUCUGUGCAGUUUUUAGUGUGCUUAAAGAAAACAAGUGAAAAGCCAAAUAGGAAAAAUAAUGGAAGAAGAGCAAAAUUUGUGAGGACAACAAAAAUGUCCAUGUGUAUUAGUGAAAUAUUUUUUUUUUGGAUGGCAAUUUUUAAAUUAGACGCAGUUUUACCAUUGAACUUUACAUUGAAAAGUCAUUAAGAAGUGUGAGAGAGUGAGAAACACAACCACCUUGAAAUUCGGGAAAUUCAUUAUGCAGAAAGCCAGCACGAGUUUGUACGCGCGAAAUACACACCAAAUGGAUUGAAACUGAUUCUGUUUCUUUUUCCUUUAAAACAACAACAAGAAAAAAAAAUUUACAACCACAAGAUCUACAAUGAUAUUUGCCCUGAGGAAAAUUCCAUACUCAAACAUCGUGCUCUAAAGGCAUCUUCCUCAGAGUCUUGGUUUCCAUAAAACAGUGACCCGAAGACAAGAAAGACGAGCAAGACUGGGAAGUUAAUGUGCAAGUGAAAGUGUUUCAAGUGAUUCGCACUUUUUGGUAGUCGCCCUGAGGAGAUUUUUUUUUUGUUCAUUGCCUCUGUUACCACAAAAGAGACUGAAAGUGAUAUUUAGAAAAAAAAUGUUAUUUGAAGAUACAAUUUACGAAUUUAUCCGUUACUAAAAAUUACUUAGGUGUUCAUAAUCUAUUGGUUAUCUCAGUGAAAAAAGCACAUUCAUUGAACAUGAGCCACGCUGGAGAUUAAUCAUCACAGGAAUCACCCUCCCGGAGACGUAAAAAGAGAAUCAUAUGAGAUCGAUGUUGUAUAGCGCCAAGAACGCAAAGUUAUGAUCACUGAGCGAAGGAGGAAGAAGAGAAUGUCAAUGAGAAAUCACUUCAGUGAAACAAACUCCGAAUUUCCGCAUGUGGAUUUGCAACAUUGACCUCCACGACCAAAGAACUCGCCAUUUUACGCGCCUUCUCUGUGUCUCACUCAGAAUAUACACACAACACAGAAGUAGAAUCAAGAUGCCACAAGAGAGAAAUUCUGAGGAAAUGGCAAAAGGAUUAAUCAUCAAGUGAUAGAAUUGAGACAUUGCUUGCAGACGAGUAUAUUCCACAAUAAAAAAAAAUCAAGAAUUUUAUAAAUAAUUCUUUUUGUGCUAUCCACCCCCUUCUGUGAAUUGACAAACUGAAUUCAUUCACAAUUGUUCGCGAAAACGGAGGGGGGAACGCGGAUCUGGAGCCUCCUCCGCAUCAAACACCUCCCGUCACCACGUCUAAGCGUCAGACAUCACCAACACGACGGGACAUUCCUACAAUGACAUCUCUAGGAAUUAUGACACUGAGCCGUGGCCCGUACAGUGAGCUCGAUAAAAUGAGCCUCUUUCAGGACCUCAAAUUGAAAAGGAGAAAAGUCGAUUCCAGAUGCAGUAGUGACGGUGAAUCUAUAGCGGACACGAGCACGUCAUCACCUGACUUGCUAGCACCAAUCUCGCCUAAGAUGUGUGAUAAUUCCGCAACGCCGGCACCCACGGCGGCUUCUACUUCGGCGCCUAGGACACCGACACCCCCCACAAGCACCGAGGUGGCUCCCACUAGUAGUACCCCAUCGGGAGCCGCAGAGUCGAGUGAUACCGCAACUGUGAGUCGCUCGAGUCCGGAUUCAGUGGUGACGGAAGAAACACAAAUCGCCACAUCGUCGACGAUUGUAGCGGCAUCAAGCAGUGGUUCCAAUCCCAGCGUUAUACGCUCCGUUAAGACUGAGCGACUCUCACCUCCGCCGCCCGCCGAUCGACCUAAGCCACCCACAUGUCAAACGCAGCCACAGCAACAUGUCACGGUACUCGUGACGCCAUCCCGCAUCAAAACGGAAAAUCACCAUGCGACGCUGGUUCGGAAAACCUCACCGGCAACAACAGCGACCACAAUGGUGGGCACAUUCCCCAUCGCCACUACUGCCAUCAAUCACCAGCGUGAUGUACCUGCAACGACGAGUGGGACCUCCUUCACGCCCGUCAUGAUCCAAACCACAUCUGCGCAUCAGCAUCAAUUGCAGAUGCUACACCAUGCCAUUGCGUCCACUUCGCCACAACAGAUCAUUCACCGUGCGGAGACGCAUCCUACAUCAGUCACGCAGCUACAAAUUCCCAUUCAAAUUUCACAGGCUCAACCUGUACGAAUAAAGCGUGAACGAUCACCUAGCCACACAAUUGUCAACCAAUCGGCUGUAUCGGCAACAGUGGCACCAAGUCAAUCUGGCAGCCAACAGAGAGCUACUCUGCAAAUGACGCCACACUCUCCUUUACAACUGCGUCACCCUAUACGUGAUGCCGCCAUUUUAUUGCGUGUGAAAAAUGAAGUGAAUCUACCAGGACUGGUUCAGACGGCAAGUGGUCAGCAUAGAAUGAUCUGGGGUGCUAAUACACGCAUAAAUGGCGUCAAACCCGAGAUAAUUGGCGGACCACUACCGGGUCUACGACCACAGACAGUCGGUUUGGUACAGUCACCCACGCAAACGUCACCACAGCCAAAUGUCACGCAACAGAGUGCGUCCAUAGCGCUACAGACGCCACCACCUCGAGCCACUCCAACUGUGAUCAUGGGAGAAUCGUGUGGUGUGAGAACCAUGGUAUGGGGUUUUGAGCCCGCCACGGUCACACAGCUACCAGCAACACCUGCCACCACGAUAAGCCCUACGAGUGUUAGUUCAGCACCUGGAUCGGCAGCACAAAAUAACGAAGAGGCCGCCCAGCUCCUGCUGAAUCUCGGCCAGGCUGCUGCAUCACGCGUGGGCGAUAUUCGACCAAGAGCACCACCCCCUCAACGAUCUAAUCACCCACUUAAUAUGGAACGUCUCUGGGCUGGCGACUACAGUCAAUUGCCGGCCGGACAACAGAUGCACGCUCUCAAUCUCUCCCAACCUCAGUGGACACCCGGUGGCCUUCAUCUCGCCACUAACAAGACGGAUCCUACGCACCAUCAAGAAGCACCCGCCGACGAUGACGACCAGCCAUUGGUGUGCAUGAUCUGUGAGGAUAAAGCCACAGGACUCCACUACGGAAUCAUCACAUGCGAGGGUUGUAAGGGUUUCUUCAAGCGAACCGUUCAAAAUAGGCGUGUGUACACGUGCGUUGCCGAUGGGACAUGCGAAAUUACCAAAGCUCAACGAAACCGCUGUCAAUAUUGCCGGUUCAAGAAGUGCAUUGAGCAGGGUAUGGUGCUACAGGCUGUACGAGAAGACCGGAUGCCAGGUGGACGAAACAGUGGAGCUGUGUACAAUCUCUACAAAGUGAAGUACAAAAAGCACAAGAAAUCCGCCCAGAAACCUGCCGCUCAAGCGGCUCAGCAAGCUCAACAGACCCAACAGGUGCAACAGGCUAAACUCACGGUGUCAACAGAUGUACAGGACACGAAAUCCAUGUUCCUUACACCGUUGCAAACCACCCUGAAACCGGCUGAAGGAAUCAACUUGCCCUCCCACCUCAUGAAUGGCACAAUCCUCAAGACAGCCCUCACAAAUCCCAGUGAAAUUGUCCACCUGCGCCAUCGGCUCGAUAAUGCCGUCUCCUCAUCCAAGGAUCGCAGUGUAUCCUACGAACACUCCCUCUGUAUGAUUCAAACAUUAAUUGAAUGUGAUGAAAUGGAAGAUAUUGCAACACUGCCACAUUUCCCGGAAUUUCUUGAGGAUAAAUCAGAGAUUGGUGACAAACUCUGCAAUAUUGGUGAUUCGAUUGUGCAUAAACUCGUGUCAUGGACAAAAAAGUUGCCUUUCUACCUCGAGAUUCCAGUGGAGAUUCACACAAAACUCCUGACAGAUAAAUGGCAUGAAUUGCUAGUACUCACAACGGCUGCCUACCAAGCCCUACAUGGUCGAAAAAGUCCGCCAGGCACAAAUGCAAGUACACCGACACAACAAAGUUCAUCACCAACAUCGCGACCCAUUACACCCGAAAAAAAUGAUCCGGAAUUCGUCCAAGAGGUCACGAAGCACCUAUGUACACUUCAAACCUGCCUAACGACGCUCAUGGGACAACCCAUCUCAAUGGAGCAGCUAAGGGCUGAUGUGGGUCACAUGGUUGAAAAAAUGACACAGAUCACCAUUAUGUUCCGACGCAUAAAGCUCAAGAUGGAGGAAUAUGUCUGUCUUAAGGUGUAUAUCCUCCUCAACAGAGAAGUUGAACUGGAAAGUAUUCAAGAGCGGUAUGUUCAAGUUUUGCGGAGUUUUCUUCAACAUUCAUCACCACACAAUCCUGGAAGACUUGGGGACCUGUUAGCUCAUAUACCUGAGAUACAAGCAGCUGCCAGUUUAUUGCUGGAGAGUAAGAUGUUCUACGUACCGUUUGUACUAAACUCUGCCAGCAUUAGGUAGCAGAUGAUUGAACGGGGCCUUAUGGAACCGGACAAAGAUGAUAUUGCGACAAACCCACCAAGUGAUUCCUCAAAUCAACCGCCACAAACUGUAUCACCCAUCGCAACCAGCAGUUCUCACGGUCAGAGGAAUCCAGACAGACAACCGGUAUCCCGGACAGUCAUUCAGCAGACGCCGCAGCGCGUUGUGACCGGCGGCGUCAUAAAGCAAUCGACACCCGCGACAGUGACAACCGCUGUCCUUGUUAUCAAUACUCUGCUACCUGACAAAUUUGCCAGCAAAGAAAUCAAGAAGGAAUUCAAUCCCUAAACAUCCACUAGGGUCAUCAACCCCAAGCCCUGUAUCCCAAUAACUGAGGAAAGAACAAAACCAAGUUUAAAAAAAUCACACUAACAGAAAUGUGUUUUUGUGUUUUCCAUGUGAAAAUUUCCUCAAAAGGAAAAAGUUAAGAUGAAAAAAAAUAAUCGAGGAGACACACAUUUUAUACACACUAGGAAGUCUGAAACAAUGCCUUCAAUUAACAAUUAAAACUAAUUAAUGAAGAGAAAAGAGUGUUAAAAAGGAUUUAAAAAAACUGAACUAAAUAAGUAUAAGUAUCGUAGUAAUGUGUAAAGAAAAUACUGAAUUUUAUUACGUGUAGUAAUUGAGAAAAGUGCUAGUGAGAGACAUUAUUUAAAUUGCGCGCGAAUAGGCCUAUCUUUUGUUUGAAAAAAACAAGAUACACAUGAAAAAAAAUCCGAGCAUAAAAAAUGUAUCAUUAGAAAAAAAACAGCAUCAAGUCAUUUUCAAAAAAACACACACAUUUCAUAAUUUUGCCUAAUAAAUUCUUCAAGUUUUUCCUCCCAAAAAAACAAAAUACAUUUGUUAAAAAAUAUUUAAAACUAAAAGAAAGAAUACUCUACAAUAGUUAUUUCUAAAAAAAAAGAUCACGAUUUUUGAGAAUUAAUUUUAUCGAGUCAUUUUUGCAAAACUGAUAGAAAACAUACUGUUUUAAGUGUUUCUAUUCUUUUUUUUUUUGUAAAAUCACUAAUAUAAAGAUUUUUUGUAGCAAUAUUGUACUUUUAAGUGAUAAAAAAAAAACGAGGAAAAACACAAACACACAAGAAAAUACCGGAAGUUUUAAUGCAUGAAAAAGAAACUUAGAUGAAAUAGAAGGAAAAUAUUGUUACCAGUGAAACCAACACUUAAGAAAAAUAAGAGUUACCCAAGUAAUAAAGUAAUUGUAAAAACGUGUUUUAAAAAAAAAACCAAGACGAAAAAAUAAGAAAUAAAAAAACAAAAAACUGCCAUUUGAAAAUGCACACCAAAUAAUUAAACUGAGGAUUUAAACUCCACUGAAGACACAUUUAAAAAAAAAAUGAAAAAAGAAAUAAUGAAAAUUUAUGCUGCCAGAGUCUAUCUAUGUAUACACAUUUUAUUAAUUAUAUUGUCCCUCCCCCUUUAAGUAAGUAAAAAAUUAAAAAAAAAAACAAAAACAAGUAAAGUAAUAUUAAAAAAGAAGCAUUUAGCAAUGAAGCACAUCCUCGAACAUGAUUACUAAAUAUUAAAAAAAAGAAAGAAAAAAGCUCAUCAAAUAUUCCACUAAACCACACCCAAGAAACAAACACAAUUUUAUUCACUUCUAUAACGACUAAAAUAAAUCUUAAUGAAGAUAUCCAGUAAAUAUAAAAAAAAGAAAAUGUGAGAAAAAUCAGAAGAUUAAUGAAAGAAUAGACUGAAGAUGACUUUUUUGCAAUUAACAUUGUCUAUUUUGUUUCUUCUCUCCCUAUAUCCGUGAACAAGAAACAUUUCAAAAAUAAAUUAAAAACAAAUCCUAAAUUUAACAAAUUAUUUGUACAAAAUUUUACAAAGUUAUUUGCUUUGUUCUUUAUUUUAUUUAUUUAAAAUUUUCUAACGAGUGUCGUUUGAAAAGUACUUUUUUUGUUGAAAAAAACUGAUUAAUAUUUUUUUUUACAUUUAUAAAUUUAUUUAAAAAAUUAAAAAAUAAACUUGCAAACCAUCAUGUUCAGAAUGUAGAAUAUGAUACGAAAUAAAGGCUUUUCUUUUGGCACUUAAAGGAAUUUCUAGUGAAACAAGAAAUUUAUCUGCAGACAUUGUAAUAAGUGUAAAAAAAACUAUAUUAAAAAAAACAAAUAUGGUGCUCUUAGAAUUAGCGAUUUAAAAAUGAAAAAAAAUCUGUGUAAAAUAAUUUUGAAAUGUUUCAUUUACUGUAAUCACAUUUUAACACACACACAUAUACACGAAAAAAAAAUCUGAGAAAUGGGAAAAAAGAAGAUAAAAUAUUUCAAUGCAGAGUAAAGAAAAAAAACAAAUAUCGCAAAAUAUUUAUCUAAAUGUAUUAAAACUUUACACAAAUAAUGAUCUCGUUCCUCCUUCCCUAUAUUUUUGGUUUUCUGUUUUGCUUUUUUUAGACCCCAAAAAGCGAUUUUUCUGCCACAAUUUCGAAAAUAUAAAAAUGUUAGGAAAUUUUUUUUUAUACAUUGUAUUUUGUGUUUUAUAAAAGAAAAAUAAGCGUUCUUUAGCAAAUAUUCAUUAUAAACCAAAUUGAAUUUAUAGUAUAAGAUUUUUUUUGUGUUUUUGAGAAGCUUUCCUAACCAAAAAUUUGAAAAAUUCUUUGUUUUUUUUUAUUCAAACUACUUAAUAUAUAUUUUGUCCUUUUAUGUGUAAAAAAAAAAUGAGUAAAAAUAAAAAUGAAUGAAAAAAAAUUGAAAUAGAAAAUUAUUAACUUAAAAUUGCUUUGAUAAUUAAUUAUUAUAAUUUUUUUUUGUAAAUAUUUCGUAUAAUAAAAACAAAAAAACAAAAAUAUUUGGAUAGUUAAAGCAACAAGGAAAUAUUGUAAAUUAUAAACAAUACUUGACAAGACUAGCUAAAGAAACUGCCGAUUUUUCAUAUUAAAAAAAAAACUAUUUUCUAAGAAAGAAGAAAUUUAAAAUAUUGCAUACAAAAUAAUUUUCUUCUUAAAUUAUACUAAUGAGAAAAAAAAUUACUAAAACAUUUACUAUAAAUAAAUUAAUUUAAGCGCAAGAGAAACGUGAAAAAAAUACAUAAUUUUAUUGCAUUUUAAUUAGUUCUUUUUGCCUUUUUAUCUAAUUAACUUUUUACAUUUUAGUGAGAAUAAUCAUAUUGAAAAGAAUUUUUCCACUGUGUUUUUACUAUAUUAUUAUACAUUUACUAUUAAUUAUUAUCUUUACUGUAAAGUUAAUUCUUUUUUUGCGAAGAAUUCAUCCUUUUUGUAUUAUAUUGACGUGAACAAACUAAUGUAGUGAAAAAAAUUAAUUAAACCUUUCUCUUUUAUUUUAAUUACUAAUCAAUAUCACGAAAACCAUGUUAUUUUUUGGAUUUUCCCCUCCCUUUAGUCACCAAGUUGAAAAUGUAUUUUAGUCCUUUUCAAAAAAAAUCGUAGAACUUUUUUUUAAAAGAAUGUCAUUGAAAUAUUUGCGAAUGUGUGAAAAGUAAGUAAUGCCGAUAAGACAGAGAAAACUUAUUUAAAAGAAAAAUAUUUUAGGUAAUAUUUUAGGUAUAUAUAUUGUAAGAGAAUUGAAUAUAUAUAAACAAAAAGAAUAAGAGAAAUAAACGGAAAAAUGUUACCUAGUUUUAUGAUUAUGAACGUCAAGAGAGAAAAAUUGUAAUUAUAGAAAGAAAGAGAAAUAAAAAUUCUAGAAUUUAUCAAUGAAAAA